CGCAUCUGGUUUUGAGUGGCGCGAGCGGCAGCAGUGUGCAUGACGAGACUCCCAGCGCGCGCAGCAGGAACAAGCGGAACACCUGUCUCGAGGUGGACGGUUGAGAAAGCACACAGCUCGCGAGCGCUCAUGUUCUGCUGUGUGGCGUGAAGCUGGAGCACGCAGCCCGGAACCCGCCACCUCUCCGCUGGGCUGGACCGGAGCAGCCAGCCCUCUGGACCGAUGUCCUGGCCGAAAUGUCCCGACACAUCUAUAUACGGAACAAGAUUGGCGAGGGCAUUCAAGCGCCCAUCUUUCAGGUGAAUCGAGGGACUUAUUCUAGGAGGAGCCGCCUGAAGAGGUCUGAUGGCAGCACCACCUCCACCAGUUUCAUCCUCAGACAGGGCUCAGCUGAUUCAUAUACUAGCAGACCAUCAGACUCAGAUGUCUCUCUGGAGGAGGAGCGGGAGGUGCAGGCCCAGGUCCAGAGCCAGAGCCCAAGCCAGAGCCAAGGACCGGGACAGAGCCGUCAGGAGAGGGAGCAGCAGGCUACCGUUCAACUGGAGAGAGCCAAGACUAAACCUGUGGCGUUUGCUGUAAGGACCAACGUCAGCUAUUGUGGCGCACUGGAUGAGGAUGUUCCUGUACCAGCCACCGCCAUCUCCUUUGACGCCAAGGAUUUCCUCCACAUAAAAGAGAAGUUCAACAAUGACUGGUGGAUCGGUCGGUUAGUGAAGGAGGGCUGUGAGAUCGGCUUCAUCCCCAGCCCUCUGAAGCUCGAGAACAUCCGGCUCCAGCAGGAGCAAAAGAGAGGACGAGUCCAAGGUAAGUCUGGAGGGAACUCUUCUUCCAGUGUAGAGGAUGAGGUAUCUGCCUCUAUCCGCCCUCUCAUAUCCUCGGCAGGAAAACAGAAACAGAAAGUGACGGAGCACGUCCCCCCAUAUGAUGUGGUUCCCUCCAUGAGGCCUGUAGUGCUGGUGGGACCCUCCCUCAAGGGUUAUGAGGUGACCGACAUGAUGCAGAAAGCACUGUUUGACUUCCUCAAGCACAGAUUUGACGGCAGGAUAUCUAUCACACGAGUCACAGCAGAUAUAUCAUUAGCAAAGAGGUCUGUUCUCAACAACCCCAGUAAGAGGGCCAUCAUUGAAAGAUCCAACACUCGCUCCAGUUUAGCUGAGGUGCAGAGUGAGAUUGAGAGGAUCUUUGAGUUGGCUCGCUCCCUGCAGCUGGUGGUACUAGACGCCGACACCAUCAACCACCCAGCCCAGCUCCUCAAGACCUCCCUGGCCCCCAUCAUUGUUCAUGUUAAAGUCUCCUCGCCGAAGGUUCUGCAGAGGCUAGUCAAGUCCAGAGGGAAGUCUCAGAGCAAACACCUGAAUGUGCAGCUUGUGGCAGCUGACAAAUUGGCCCAGUGCCCUCCAGAAAUGUUUGACAUCAUCCUGGAUGAAAACCAGCUGGAGGACGCCUGUGAGCAUCUCGCUGAAUACCUCGAGGCCUACUGGAAAGCAACCCAUACCUCGAUGGCGACCCCCCUAAACCCCCUGUUGGGACGCAACCUGGGCCCCACCACCCUCACCCCGUACCCCACCAGCAUCUCUGGACUGCAGCAGAGCCAAAGAAUGCGGCAGAGCAACCACACGGGAGACCAUUCUACCCCGAACGAACGGCGCAACCUGAUGACAGCAGACGAAAAUUACCACAACGAGCGGGCGCACAAGGGACGCAACCGCAUGUCCUCUGGCUCACAGCAUAGCCGGGAGCAGCAGGACCCCUACCAGGACUACCAGGACCCCUAUCAGGAUGCAUACAAGCCACAUCGCAAUCGCAGUUCACCGGGCAGCUACAGCCAUGACUCCCGACACCGGCUCUGAGCCUCUUCUAUCAUCACCGUGGCCCAAACGGCCCAGGUUCCACCCAAAAUAAACGCUGCAACAGAGCCAAAACGGUCCCAAAUUGUACCCUUUUGUUACGGUUUGCGUUAAUUUGUUUUGUCUACUUGGCUAUUUUUCACUUAAAAAGUCCAACAAAAAUUUUGUUUUUAAGCAACCAGGGCAAACCCCCGUAAAUCAACUGCGCGAGUAGUCGAGAGGUUCUGGAAGCCAACAUUAACUAAUGCUGUAACAUUAAUUAUUUUAACUUGUGUUUCUGGGACCUUUUGGGAUUGUACGUCUGCUCAGCACACGUGCAGCGCAGAUUGUGCUUGUUGCUAGUGUCAGCAAGCUAAUUAUGGACAGUGGUCAGAUGGUGAUGGUGUGUGGGCUUCUAAGUGCCUGGGACGCCGCACCAGGUCGGACGGAAGUCCACUGCACACAGACUGCUGAAGGCUGCUGACCCCUACCCUGGACCAUGUAUAAAUCCUCUCACCAUUUAGCUAAUUGCAUGCUGAUAGAUGAUCAACCUCCGCAUCCACUUCAUUGAUAUUUUGUACCUAGCAUUCUGGAUUCUCCCAUGAUGAGAUGUAGAUACGGAGGUCCAAUUUUCUAAAUCACCUGAUUGUGUGGAUAGGCGGUAGGUGGUGGGUUUGUGUGGGGGAGUGCAGAUGAUAUCUGGCUGCUAGUUUUGAAAACUGGUGCUUCACAUUCCCAAACUAUUUUGCUAUUUGAAAGUCACUUUGAGCAAGGCCAGCUUUUCUGUAGCAUAGCUUUAGGAUUUCAUAUGGGUGAAGACCCUCACCGUCAUAAGUGGAGCAGAUUCUGAUGGUGCUGGGAUCAGAUCUCAGUUACACUGUAGGAGAAGGCAAUACUGCUCUGUUUUUAACAUCUAGGACUUAGAGAGUUAGAGAAGGCAAUAUCUGUGACAGUCUGUCAGAUAGUAUAGUGAAAUACAAUAGCAAAAUACUACUUGAGAUGCCAUUUGAUGUUGUCGACAUGUGGACCAGCAUAAAAACCAAUGCUGUGAGAACCUUUAGAGCAGUUUGGGAUGUUUUGUCUAAUAUUUUUGGUGUGAAGAAUAGGAUUGGGAACAGUCUUUCUGUUUGAUAGACCUCAAAGAGCAUCUUAUGCUGAAACUACAGGUUGUUUUGCAUUUAUUAGCAUUGAAAUCAAAGCGUUGUAUAGCGUUAAAAACAAAGGUACAAAUGUUGGUUAAGUCUUGCCAUUGGUUCAUGGCCAUCGAAGUUCCUUCCUGUAGUUUUAGGGGAUUAAAGCAUUAAAAAUGUGACAUGGCAGGAUAAGUUGCAUCACGUUCAUUCUCUGUGUAGCUGGCAUGUUGUCCUGACUGCAGAGCAUGUUCCCUCCAAAAGUAAAAUAGAACCCUACUGUAAUCAAGUUGAUGUUUGUAGAACUAUAGGGCACCUUUCUCCAAAAAAAAGAAGAAAAAUAGAAAAGAAAAAGAUGGCCCAAAUUUCACAUGUCUCUGGAUCCUUGAGGUUUGUAACUCAAUAUGCUGAAACGGCUAACAGAAAACAUUUAAGUAUUGGUUUAUGUAAAGUUUUUAAGAGUUUCAGUGAAUUGCAUGACUGAAAAGUGGAGCCACCAUCAUGAUAACAGCUUCUAUUAAUUAUGUUUUAAGGUAGAAAGUGCACUGAAACAGCUGUCUAACAGUGAUACAACUCCAACCCCUGCCCUCACAAAAAAUUUAGAUAAUAUAAUGGUGCUUUGUAUGGAAGCACAGAGCUGCUGUAGUUGCCAAUCAUGAUUUUAAAGCUUGUUAUCAUUAUCAUAAUGUACUGUACAUAUCUUAUUCUUUUAAAAUUUUGUGGUAACAACUUAACUAUCUCCAGGGAAUGAACAGUUCUAGCUAGCUAAAAAGAAGCCUGAAAACAGGCUUUAAAUUAAUAAUACAUUUGGCUAAAUGGCUAAUUUAUUGAAAAGAACACUAUCAGAGGAUAAUGUUCUUCAUACUUUCACUGUCCACAAAGUCAUUCCUCUCACCUUUUGAGAGAAAGAGGCAUCAGGAGAAAGUAAGCACCAUUUGUUUAUGUUGAAAUAAUGAGAUAGUUAAGUUGUUACCUUAGCGUAACAGAGAUAUAGUAAUUAUGGCGAGUUGUUAUCUGAACAGUUUGUCAAUUUGAGUCAAGGCUUCCAGGUGUUGACAGGGAGAUCUUUGUGGAAAGACAAAAACUGACUACAGUGUGUCUUCUGAUUCAUGUGUUCUCCUGGCAGUGUGUCUUGGUUGUGCCCUCGAUGAACCUAAUAGGUGAGAAGAUGGACAACAUAAGGUAUAAUGAUAUACAAGUUUAUUAUCAGUUCAGAAAGCUUGUCAGUUUGCUUCUACUAGACUACAAUGAUACUUUCUAAUGCCACAAAAUGUUGCAAUUCGCACAAAAAUCUAAUGAUGGUAUUUUCUGUACCUGUAUGGAGAACCAAACCUGACAAACUAACUGAUAAGAUUAGUAAUCAAAAAAUUCUUAAAGUAAAUUCACAUAAAAAUUUCUAUCCACAUUAUUUAUUUAUUUUUUCAUUAAACUUAACUUUAUUUGACUAUUCAAUCCUCCAAUUGAUCAAUUUCUUUUCAAGUCAGCCAAGUUUGUUUCUUCAAAUUCUGCCGUCAGUCAACGACACACCAAAAACACACUGCCGGGGAAAUUUAUUCUUUCAGGAAAAUAAAUCACAGUGAAACAA